AUGCCGGAGCUCAACAGAAGCCGGCCGAGAGCUGUUGCCGUGACCCUGGCCGUGUUGCUGGUUAUUAAGUCGGAGGUGUUCUGCCAGCCCUACCCGCCUCAGAACUGGUCUAGAGGACAACAGCUGGCCAGGUAUGCGGAUCCUGAGCACCAUGAGAUGUCGCAGGAGCACAUCAUCGAGCCAUCCAGGCCAGCUGUCGAAGUUCAAGAUGCCGCGGAGACCGAGGUG